CCCUUUAAACACCGUCGAAUCACAACGAGGGAGAAAGAGAAAAGCCGUUCGGCCAUUCGUUUGUGUGCGUGAGGGCAGGAGAAUCGGGCCUCGCGGAACCUGGUUCUCAUGCAGCUGACAGUAAAAAUAGAAGCUCGGAGCGCGGAAGGUUCAGGAGACAUGAGCGUUGCGAGUUUGCGCUCUGCAUCGAUGCGGCGGGAUGCGGCACUAUAAAGGACACGUUGUUAACAUUUAGGAAAGGCCAUUGUUCCAUUCAUAAAAGGAAGCUCGCGCUGAUAAACCAAACGUCAGCACCGGACGAUUUGAGUGUUUGUUGAACGGACCGAGGUCGUUUUCGAGGUCUCCUUCUUAAUCCCCUCCGUGGCCAUUGUAGGACCAGUGAUUUUAAAGGGGGCGCCCGCAAUGUCGGGUCGCAGUGUUGCGUAUGGCGGUGAGAGGACGUGAGCGGCUCGCGGAGACCGUCGCGAAGAUGCCACGCGCUCUGCGGAGGCUCGCGCAUCUCGUGCUGCUGUGCCCGCUUCCCAAGGGCCUGCAGUCCCGUUUGCCUGCAGUGAAGGUGAAGUACCUGAUGGUGGCAUGGUUGGGUGUACUGGUGGCCAGCUGGGUCGUCUACAUACAGUACUCCUCCUACUCUGAGCUGUGCAGGGGCCAUGUCUGCACAAUGCUCAUUUGCGAGCACUACCAUAAGGGGAUUAUCUCUGGCUCUGUGUGUAAGUCUCUGUGUGAGGAGAAAACUCUAACUCUACAGCGUUGCCUCUCCACAUCGCCUACACAUCAGGUGUACAGUGCCAUGUGGAAAGAGAAAGCUGUGAUAGUAAAGUGUGGAUUACAUGAUGCUCAACGCGAUGCCAGUCUGUAUGAUAAACCCACCCGUGGCACGUCCAUGGAUGAAUUCCGAGAGAUGCUGCACUCUUUUCUUAAGAACAGUCUGGGUGAACAGCUGUCUCUCGGCUCACUAGUCUUGCGCAUUGUCUCACUGGCCGAUGUCAACGCCGACGGAAAAGUGUCUCUAGCUGAAGCAAAGUCAGUGUGGGCUCUGCUGCGCAUUAAUGAGUUUGUCUUGACUCUGGUGCUACAGGAUAAAGAGCAUGCGCCCCGUCUAUUGGGGUUUUGUGGCCAGCUUUACACCACAGAGUAUGUGGCCCACAGCACCCUCUUCAGUGUAAACAUACCAUCCUGGCUUCAUCCCCUGGUGCCCAAAGCUCUAAGCAGCUCCCUGAAUCACUGGCUGGCUCCGGCCUGGCCACGCCGUGCCCGCGUUGCGAUUGGUCUGCUAGAGAUGGUUGAAGAACUCUUCCAUGGUGCCUAUGGCACCUUCUACAUGUGCGAUGCUACACCUCAGCGAGUGGGCUACAGCACCAACUAUGACUGCAAGAUGCCUGACCUGGGAACUGUGGUGCCGGAAGCCACCGUACGGGCAUUCCUGAGAGGACGGGCUUGCCAAGUUAACACUGACUGCACAUUUGGGAGCGACUGCACAGCCACUUGUGACCGCCUGGCCAAACAGUGCAACGUGGAGGUGGUGCGACCAAAUUUGGCUAAAGUGUGUGCUCUCCUGAGAGAUUUCCUGGUUUUUGGGGUGCCGUCUGACUUGAUGGAUGACUUGGACAAGCAACUACGCACCUGCAUGACACUGAGUGGCCUGGCCUCGCAAAUGGAGGUGCAUCACUCACUUGUGUUAAACAACCUCAAAACGCUGCUAUGGAAGAAGAUCUCAGACACCAAGUAUUCUUGAUAAAAAUAAGUUGGUUGAAACAUGGACACAGAAAUAUGGAAGGAAUUCCUCUGUCAGGACAAAAGAAAACUCCAGUAAUAUUAACCAGCAAUCUGACACAAAAUGUGGCAAAUAGUUUUGUAGAUUGGACACUAAUGAGGGACAUAUUUUCUUCCUGGAUGUAUAUUUGAAUGGACUAGCUAUGAGCCAUACCCUUCAGCAAAGAAGCUUUAGUAAAAGCUCUUUAAAAGUGUGCCUCAGGAAAUCUCUUUAAUUAACCAGACAUAUAGAGGUCAAAGGGGCUUAUUUUAAAACCAUUUCUCAAAAUCCCAUAUUUAACUCCUUACUCCUACAGAGUAAGAUACAAAGGGAGGUGGGGUAGUUUAGAUAUCCUCAGAAAUCCUCAAAGACCCUCAGACAGCCUACGUUUUUCCCCAUUCCUAGCUCCCAACACGUUUGGGUAAGGUAUCCCAACAUUGUCUGUGUUUACCUUAAUUUCUGUACAGUACUGUGCAAAAGUCUUUGGCAGAUGUAAAGAAAUAAAAUUAAAAAUAAAUAAAUAAAUAAAUAAAAAUAAAAAAAAUUAAAGCUGUCUAAAUAUUAAAAAUGGGCUACAAAUAUAUCUAUAUUUGGUGAUCAGCCUUUGCCUUUAAAACUGGAUGACUGGGUCAGUAACACUCAGGUUUACUGUGGUUCAGUUUUAUAAGAAAAACAGCUGGUUGGUUGUUCCAAGCAGAACUUGCCAUGGAUCUUCUGCACACUUUGGCUUUCCAUUGCUUCUGUCUCUCAGCUCUGUCUUUCAUUCUGAAACGUGGUCUGUAGUUAAUGUUAUUUUCUUUAAUGGCAUACAAAAUAUUAUAUGUAAAAUGCAUUUUUUUUGUAAAGUGAAUAUUUGAAAAUCUAAAAUUUUUUCUGCCUACUGUCAGGGAUUGGAGAUGGAGGCAGAUGCAAGUGCAGGCUAUUUAUUAUCAAGAAAAACAAGAAGAAAACAAAUAUUUUGGAUGUAACAACCAUGAAUAUGAACUAAGAUUUCAAGGCAAGAAACCCACACAGACUAGAGGCGAUAAUAGUUCACACAAGACAAAUGCUUGACAAAGAAAUACAGAAGGUCAGAACUUAAGUAGUGUUAUUAAUUAGGUGAAACAGGACACAGGUGCGGGUAAUCAUAUGGACGUAUGACCAGAUCAUGUGAUUGGGCUGAUGGGAAAUGUAGUUUCUGUGCCAUUACUGUGGCUGACGUGACACCUACGCACUAAUGCAGAAGAGAAUAUUUCUACUAAAUGUUAGGAUAGUAAAAGUGUUAAUGAGUAGCUAAUGUUAGCAAAAUAUUCUCCAACAUUUUAUAACAUAAGAAGAAUUAUUUGUGUCUAAAUCUUUUAAAGGCUAUAACAUGAACUUUGCUUCCUCACAGGGCAGUACACAAAUAUGCAAAGAUACUUGUGAAAGUAAUCCGGUUCAAAGGUUUACAUGGCAGUUAUUCAUCUAUUUAAUAUAUUAUUAAACAGAUUAUCCACUACUUGACUGGUUACAAAUUUAAUUCCAGCUUUAGUGAGUUUAUGCACAUUGGGACAACAUUAAUACUUAAAAAAGAAAUGUCUUACUUAAAAAAAAAAAAAGUUGUGAAACAUGAUUUCUGUUUGUAUGGCAGGUUGUCAUUAGUUUUUUUCACAGCAGCAACACAUGGUGAGCUCCAUGUCAUAUUUGAUUAUACCAAGUGGUGAAGCAGAGUUUACAGUGGGCUUACUUUUUUAUUUAUAACUACUCCAUCUCUAAUCUUUUGUGACCAGCUUCAUUAUGUAAGCCUCCCUAUAUUUGUAAAUAAAAUGUGACGUUAAAAAAAACCCUUUAAAAAUGUGACAAAUAAUUAUUAACAUGAGUAAAAUAUAGACAUUUAAACUGGGCAGUACUGUGAAACAUACUGCUUUUAAUGGUCAGUAAAUGUAUAAUGCCUAGAAACAUGGGGGCAGUAAGGAGAGAUACACUGUUGUGCCCUCUGCUGUCAAUGAAAAUAAGCUGCUUAUAUUAACAGUAAUAUGCAGAUUGCAGGGCCUCAUUUAUCAAUCUUUCAGAAAAGUUGUGUUUAAAUGUUUGCAUAAGCCAAACCAAACGAACAAUUUCUGCCAGAUUUACAAAAGUUUUGGAAACACUGAUUUUCUUCUUUCGUGUACAUAUGCUGAUGAAUGACAAUCACUCGUAAAUUACCAGGCUUUUGCACGGCAUAGCUGAUUUGCAUUUGAUGACACCCACAAAAAACUCCAUUAGAAGUAAACCUCACUGUGCUGAAAUGAUGAGUAAAUGGCAACACUUUCUUAGAAGUAGAAGUGUAAGUUAUUUAGACUUGCAUCUAUGCCAUAUACAGUACAUAUACCAAUCAGCCAUAACAUUAAAACCAAUGUUAUUCAUGUAACCUGUCAGUUGUUUUAAUGUUAUAGCUGAUCGGUGCAUACAUACAUAUGGAUAUAUAUAGAUAUCCAUGCAGCAUAACAGCACUUAAAAUGGUGAAAACCUAAAGACAAAUUACAGAAAAGGUGAAUUAGGUGUGAAUUCAACCAGGUGAAAAGAAAAUGGUCUGACAUCAAAACGAAGGAGAAAAAAAGAUCUACACUGUACACAGGUGUUCAUGCACAUCAAGCAAGUCACACAGAGAAACUGCUAUUUUUAAAUAGUUUUAAGUGUCUUGGCCAAUAUGCUGGAGUGUUGCCUCCUAAGAGUGACCAUAAUUCUCCAUCAGCUGAAGGAUCUGUUUACAGCUAUGCACAGACAGACCAUCCUAUCCUCUGUUUAUACAGAAGAAUUUCUUUUGUCAUAAUUGAAUGACUAGUUUUAUUUGUCUUAAUGUUUUGUGUUGGCUUGUGUUCAGUAUUUUUAAUUUUCUUAAAUGAAUGCAAAUAAUAUAAAAUGACUGGGUUUCACAAAAUGUUCUUGAUUGUAUUCUUUGUCCCUGACCUAGUGAACUAGCAUGAGGAUGUGUUUCUGAUAUUGACUCCAAAGCACUUCUAUAAGUCACUAUGGAUAAAGGUGUCUGCUAAAGGCUGUAAAUGUAAAUAAAUAAGAAAUUUAAACUUGACAUUAUAUUCCAUAUACACCAAUCAGCCAUAACAUUAAAACCACCUGCCUAAUAUUGUGUAGGUCUCCCUUGUGCCGCCAAAACAGCUCUGUCCUGGUGAGGCAUGGACUCCACAAGACCUCUGAAUAUGUGCUGUGGUAUCUGGCAUUAGCAGCAGAUCCUUUCAGGUCUGUAAGUUGUGAGAUGGGGCCUCCAUAGAUCGAACUUGUUUGACCAGCACAUCCCACAGAUGCUUGAUUGGAUUGAGAUCUGGGGAAUUUGGAGGCCAAGUCAGUAACUUGACCUCUUUGUCAUUACCCUGCCGAAAGAGGCCACUGCCAUUAGGGAAUACCAUUGAAGGGGUGUACUUAGUCUGCAACAAUGUUUAAGUAGGUGGUAUGUGUCAAAGUAACAUCCACUUGAAUGCCAGGACCCAAGGUUUCCCUCAUACAUAAGCCUCCACAGCUUGCCUCCACCAGCUUGCCUUCUUCCCAUAGGGCAUCCUGGUGUCACCUCUUCCCCAGGUAAGCAAUGCACAUGCAUCCAGCCGUCCACAUGAAAAAGAAAUCGUAAUUCAUCAGACCAGGCCACCUUCUUCCAUUGCUCCAGGGUCCAUUUCAGAUGCUCACGUGCUCUUUGUAGGCGCUUUUGGCAGUGGACAGGGGUCAGCAUGGGCAC